AUGGGCGAGGCUCACAUUAUACCCUGGAUGUUAUUCAGAAAUGCAAUUGCGAAAGGUAGCAGGUUUUAUUUCGAUGAACGCAAUCAAAUACGAAGUAUGGUGAUCACCGCCAGUAUACAGCCAAAUACGGAGCAGUAUCCUCAAAUUGUUGGCUUCGUACUUGAACCGUCAGUGCUCGACUCGGAGCAUCCAGGCGAAUCCCCUAGGCCUCCUCGAUAUGAGGAGGCGCUGAAGCCAGCAUCUGCUCCGCCUCAAUAUGAAGAAGAAUCGAAUGCAUCAAGCUCACCACCUCGAAGUAUCGAACUGCCUCCAAGUGGACGGACAACAGCGCGAAUCGAAUCGUCAGUGGACGAGAUCUCCUCAACCGAUGGAGAAGCAGACGACAUGAAAUCACCGCGACCAGAGCGAAGUCAACGAAAGAUGCUUGCCUGCUCAUCAAAAAGCUGA